CCAUUGAGUUAACAAAUGUUUAAAUGUAUUUGCUUGCAGGUGCUGCGACCAACAGACCGGCUGACGUCGCUUCUGCCCACCAUCGAGGAACAACACUACGCUGUCGACGCCACGCCCACGCGAAACAGAACUGGCAGUGAGAGCAGCGAAAGUGAAGACAUGUCCGACUGGCCUCGGAGCCCCGUCCUACCCGUCUACUGCGACUAGCCACGCCACGCCACGCCACGUCACGUCACGCCACGCCACGUGUCACGAGUGUUUGCGCCGCCAUACUCCGACUCAGAUGUAAAUAUGUGUGAAAUGGUUUUGAUUUAAACAAUUUGAAUAGAAUGUUAUUUGAUAAGUUAAGUAUGAUGUUUGCGCAAAUGAUUUUGGAAAAAUCACAAAAUAAAAUGCAUUUUUAACAACAUCCAGCCAGUGCUGAGUAGAAGCAGCGCAAGAAACUCAUGUCCGUUUUCACCAUCAAUCCCUAAUUUCUAAGUGACCCCUAUGGUAUAACAGGAAUUUUGUUUUCAUAGGGAUCACUUAAAAAUUAGGGAUUGAUGGUGGUCACUUGUGAUCUUGUCAUCUUAUCAUAAAAAGUAGUAAAAAACUAGGGUUUCUCUAUGGCCUUUUAAAUUCAACUUUCUCUAUCUUUAAAUGUCUAUGGAAAUUGUUUAAAUAGUCUAUGGUGUGUCAAUGUAUGAUCCCACUUUUGAGCGAGUCAAAACUCCGUGAUCAAACUUUCAAUUUUUAUACGAAAACGUUUUAUGUGAGAGUUCGUAUAAUUAUGCCACUUUGACAUAUCAUGGUAGAUUUAAUAGCUAAAUAUAUUAUUAUAUUUUAUAUUUUUAAAUUGACAUUUUUUAUAUUAAUUCAGGCAUUUAAAUAAAAUAUUUUUCAAAUAAUAAAUAUUGAAACAUACUCUUUCAUGAAACGUUUUUGUUAAAUUUGAUAACUUCAAGUGCUUAGAACCGGCGGGCAUUUUUAAUUUAUAUUUAAAAUAUUAAUUAGGUAAUUUUACUACAUUUUAAAAGUGAAAAAAAAAUACAAAAUUGAUCGGUGCAAUUUUUUCAAAAUUUUUGUUCAACAAAAAAAAAAAUAAAAAUUGUUCUUUUUUGAGUAUUAUCGGGAAUUUGGAUACGCUGUACAAAAUGUAGCGAAAAUAUUAAUAAAAUAACGGAAUUUAUUUUUGUACAGCGUAUAAAAUUCUUUUGUAUGUUUGUUAGUGUUGUAUUCAGAAUAUACGCCUUUUAUUAUCUACGUAUUUUAAAUUAUGACGAAAAUAUAUGUUAAAUGCUCUAGGUGACAUCUUUUUUCGUCUUCUUAAAUUCUGAAUACAACAAAUCGGUACUAAACUCAUCGCAUCGUAAGAAGUACUCUAUAUCGUUUUUUGGUUCAAAAAAUGAUAUAAAAAUCAGUUAACGCCACUAAUUUGCGACUUGCGACACGAUGCGAUUAGUCGAGUGCGAUUCUCCCAACGAGACGACGUUUGUUGUCGCACACUGGUAAAGCUUUAUUUAAAAUGAUUAAGUUUCGUCUAUAAUUUGUAAUUUUUAAGCUUGUUUUUUGAUUUUUGAAAUCGUUCGAGAGCAUUCGUCGUCUUGUUAGAAUUUAGUUCGUCCUGUGAUGAGAAAAAAGUAAAAAAAAAAUUAAAAUAAUAUUCCAUAUUGUUUAGUUUGUAAGUCUCCUUCCUCUUCUAUAAGAAUUUGCAAGUUGUAUUUUACCACCACAGAGUUGCAACUCUUUAAAAAACAGUUGCAAAUCUGUGGCGGAAAGAAAAAGUCAAGUCCACCGAAGUUUUUUUUUUAUAAAGUACAUUGUAUCAAUAAUUUUAGUAUUAUAAUAAUAAAAAAAAAAACAAUUAAUAUAUUUUCACCUUUAAUUUGACUAACUCCUAUUGAGUUUCCAAAAUUUUCAUUUUUAUCCUUUCACAUUUUUUUAGUAAAAAAAAGUAUGUUGGCAUUAUUAAUAAUUUCAUUUCUUUAUUAUUUUGUAGUUAUAAUAAUUCUAAUAUUUGAUACUUAUUAUAUCUAGAUUAAUCAAAGAAAUGACAAAAAAAAUUACAAAUCAAUUAAAAAAAGCCGAAAAAAAUGAUCUCAGGUAAUAUUUUUCAUAGGUCGCGUAAAACUUCAUAACUAGAAAAAAAAACCCAAAAAAAUAUUUUUCAAUGUUUGAAAUAAUAUUUUUUCUUACGCAAAUAAGAAGUGUAUGUGUGUUUGUUUUUGUUUUAUUUGCAUUUUCAUGUAUUUCAUUUUAUUUUACUUUCCUUUUUGCUUUUUUGUAUUUCUCAAUAAGCGUAAAAUAACGAAGGAAGUGUAAGUGAAUGGUUUUUUCUAAGGGAAUGUGUGUUAAAAUAGAAAAUCAGCAAUCUCUGUGAUACAUAAUUAUCAUCAAAAUCCCAUUUUCCAUCAUGAAUAUUUUGUAAGUGAUUUUGUAUGUGAAAAUCUAAGAAAAAAAAAUACGUACAAAUUGGAGCAGAUAUUUUAUUUUUUCAGUUUCACAAAAAAUGUAUUCGUUUUUGUUAUCAAAAUUCUUGCAAAAGUAUUUUGAUUUUUUCAAUUAAAAAUAUCUGUUCCAAUUCGUACGCGAAUGUCAUCAGAUAUUUUAUAAAACGUCAGUUGGGAGAUACGUUUAAAAGUUUAAUAAAAUCACUAGGGAUUUAUCAUUCUUCGAAUUGUAUUCAGUAAGUUGACAGUUUGUGGCCUCAGUUUAAAACAUUAGCAUUCUUUCUGCAGUCGAGUAAACGUUCAAUAUUUUGUGAACCAACGAAUUUAACGUUGAUUUUUAUCAAUUAGCCACUGAAAAAUAUACAGUCGUGUUUAGUUGUUGAGCCUUUAGUAUAAUUAAAUGUUGAACUAGUCCUACAUUUUUAAUUGUAAAGUUUUAAAAACAAUUAUUAAUACCCAAACUUGAGGCCUAUCAAAUAGUGCAAGUCUUGAAUCAAACUUUAAAAGCACAAUUUAAUGAUAAAAAAUCGUUUUUGAUGAUGUUUUUGCAAAUUGUCAACUUUUCCUGCAUUUAGCGUUCUAUAAAACUAUUUGUAUCGGUAAUGUGUGUGUGCACGUCUACAGAUUGGCACAAACGUAAGAAUGUAUCUUAUUUGUAACAGGCAUAAGGCAUGAUUUUGAAGAUUUCGAGUUCAAUCAAAUCGCGUGUGAAUUUCAUUCGUACGAAAGUUGGUUUUUCGAGGUCCUAAAAUUUUGUCUGUGCUUGACACCAUCUGUUUAUAAUAAGCAUUCGUUUAGAAAUGGUCAAAAUGUAAAUAAAUAUUUGAAUGAAAUUUCAAAUUUUAAAAUCAACCUAAAAGGCUUAAAAAGUCAUGCCAAGUUCAAUAUUCUUUUACAUUCUUGGCCAAUUCUUAUUCUUAAUUUUAAAUCUACUUAUUUGUUAAAAUGGUCAAAACUUAAUUGUAACUACUUAAUCGACCCAUAUUGGGUCAAUCGACCGGUUGUGUACGAACAUGUAUGAAAUGUGUGUUUGUGUCAAUUUGUUGACGCUAUGUGUAUUGUACGAUAGCUUGCUGUGGUGUACGAGUUAAUCUGAAAUCUCGAAUUGAUGAGAAUAAAAGUUGGGACUCUUA